AUGAGACGCCGCCACUUAGUACCACUAAUAGAAAAAGACGAAGACUUUGUAACGUCAAUCACAGAGACUCAUCACAGAAGAGCAAUGAUCAAAGAAGAUGGAAAGUGGCGAAGACGGUCAAUAGUGUCUGCCGAAUCAUCUCCAGCCAAAGAAAAUUUGGGUUCUUGUCUGAAACCCCGACUCCCACAACCGCCAACAGUGAAAGUAAUAACACAACACGUCCCAAAAAUUCAAACAACAAUUGCAAGGAAAAUUCAACUCAAAAGUGAUGAAGAGAAAAAUAUGGAAAUUGUACCUGAAACAAACGACGACGAACUGAGUCAGUCUCUUCUUGAAUUACUCGAUACAUUUGACACCAACGAUGUCGUUGGUACAACACAACCUUUAGAGAAACAACAGGAUAAAAGUGAUCAAGACGUUUUUCUUUUAAACAUUUCAAAGAGUGAGAAUGUAGUACAAAGAAAGGAAAACACAGAACAACAAGAGAUUAUAGACGUCGACGACAAAAAUUCCGUAUCAAUGGAAAUUGAGAAGGACAAUAUCUCUGAUGGUACUGAUUCUAUUGAUUGCGACAAUGAAGUUUCAAUUCACGAAUUGAGUGUUUUAAAACAACCAAAGAACAUGACCCAAAUUCCCGACGUGUCAAAAGACGAAGAAAUAAGUGACGACGAAUGGGCGCAACCCGUUUUUAAGUCUUAUAAAAAAGAAAAGGAUGUUCUACGCUCCGACAAGACAUUAUUACAAGACGGAGACUACUUUGGUGUAUCAACACGAAACCAAUUUAUAGCAUCGCAAGCUGGAUGUAUUGGACAAGACUCCGAUGAUGAAGACGAACAACACAAUGACUUCCUCACACCGUCACAAGCAAAUUUCAUCUCGGACGAACCACCAACGCAAGUCGACAACGCGUUUUAUGCUCUUUCUCUAUCAUCACAAUGUCCAUCACAGUUCACAGACUCUAAAAAGAAGGUUGUCCUCAACAAGCUAUUUGGUAACACUUCCAUGUUUAAUAAAUGA